UCGAGUUCGACACAGUCAUAUUGUCUCCAAAACCUGAAGCAGAAUGAAGCUCUGGAUUAGAAAUGCCAAUUUUACCAUCAGCUUAUCACUGACAUUGCUCAGAUGUUUGGGGUUCUGGUCUCCUGAUGGCUUGGCUGGGAACAAGAGACUUUUGUACAACUGUUACAGUUUUGUCUCUUUCAUGUUUUUACUUGGAAUCUACAUCCUCAUUCAAGUUGUGGACAUGAUAAAGAUAUGGGGAGACUUGCCGCUGAUGACGGGCACCGCUUUCCUCUUAUUCACAAACUUUGCACAUGCCACCAAGGUCAUUAACAUUGUUAUCAGGAAGAAUAGGAUACAGAGGGUAAUUCAACAAGCCAAUGCAGUUCUGAUGGGAGUACAGAGCGAGGAGGCUAGAAGGAUUGUUAAAAGUUGCAACGUUGAAACCAGUAUACAGCUUUGUCUGUACUUUCUAUUGACUUUUGUGACUACUGUUGGAUGGGCGACUAGCGCUGAGAAGCACCAACUGCCUUUGAGGGCAUGGUACCCUUACGACACCUCCAAGAGUCCAGCAUACGAGUUGACAUACGUCCAUCAAGUAGCAGCGCUAUUGAUAGCUGCUUACAUCAACGUUGCCAAGGAUUCUCUGGUCAGCAGUCUGAUAGCCCAGUGCCGCUGCAGGCUGCGUCUCGUGGGACUGGCACUGGCUUCGCUAGGCCAAGACUUGAAGAUUGAUUAUCAGAGUCAACUCAGUCCAGCACAAGAAAAUAUACUCAAUUUACGUCUAAAAGCAUGUGUUUUGGAGCAUCAGACCGUUUUGGCGGCGGUUACCGAACUACAAGCGUGCUUUUCGAAGCCAACCUUUGCGCAAUUUACAGUAUCGCUAAUCAUCAUUUGCGUGACUGCCUUCCAAUUGGUCUCACAAACAGGAAACCUGGUUCGGCUGCUUUCUAUGGGUACUUACCUAAUGAACAUGAUCUUUCAAGUUUUCAUCUACUGCUAUCAAGGAAACAAACUCUCCGUUGAGAGCUCCGAGAUAGCAGGAUCAGCUUAUAUCAGCCCUUGGUAUUUGGGCUCAGUAAAGUUCAGAAGGGCCUUGUUAAUCGUGAUGGUGAGGUCCCGAAGGGUAGCCAAGAUUACCGCUGGAGGUUUCACUACUUUGUCAUUGGCUUCUUUCAUGGCUAUAAUCAAAGCCUCGUACUCAUUGUUUACUCUUCUCCAGCAAGUGGAACAAAAGAAAUAGAUGCCACGUAAUUUUUAGGUUCUAUCUGUGUAGUUACUUUUAAAAUUACUUUAAACAAAUUACGUUUAAAAAUAUUGUAGCGACAUCUGUUGGCGGAUAUACGGAGCGUAACAAAAAUUAGAACCGAAAAUCGUUGUCAACAAGAAAAUGCAAAUUACUCACUGGAUUACGUAUCCUUGUUAUAAGAAACGAUGACAGAGAUUCUUAUAACGCUAACACUAACAUGAUUUGAAAGGUUCUGAAUCAAUGAUGUCCCUUAAAAUAUAUCUAUAUAUUAAUACGUGAAGCAAAAACUUUGUAUCCCUUUUUACGAAAAUUGCGCGGACGGUGGAGUAUGAAAUAUUUCACACUUAUAG